UCCGGCCCCCGGCCCGCAGCCCAUUACACCAUCCGCCGCGGCAGCUGCUGCAACCGCUGCAGCCGGAGCAGAUUGAGAGGGCGGGAGGCGGCUCGGCGUGGCGGGGCGGGGCGAACGGCGCGGCCGGAUUCAUUCCUGUGGGGCGCGGGGCAUGGAGGCGCUGUGCGGCCGCAGGCGGAGAGGGGCGGCCCGGGCGACGGCGGGCACAACGGUUCCCAUUUGAAGGGGGCGGCCCUAGCGGCCAGCGGCGGCGGCGAGGACUUGCCCCCGGGCAGAUGUUGGAAGGAAGUAGGACAGACCCUACUCUCCGUGGUUUUAUAUCCGUUCUGGUGUGCAGUGAAUUAACAUUGCACUUUGGUUCCUGUAACUCCUGCCUGUGUCGAUAGAGUUAAGCUGGAUCUCUGCUUCGAAGGAUAAAUAAAGCACAGCCUUUCAAUUGGACAUAAAUGGAUCUAAAGACAGCAGUAUUUAACGCAGCUCGGGAUGGCAAACUCCGACUUCUUACUAAGUUGUUGGCAAGCAAAUCCAAAGAGGAGGUUUCCUCCUUGAUCUCUGAAAAGACAAAUGGGGCCACCCCACUCUUGAUGGCUGCGAGGUAUGGGCACCUUGACAUGGUGGAGUUCCUCCUAGAGCAAUGCAGCGCCUCCAUAGAAGUCGGGGGCUCUGUAAAUUUUGACGGCGAAACCAUUGAGGGGGCUCCUCCUUUGUGGGCAGCUUCUGCAGCAGGACAUCUGAAGGUGGUUCAGUCUUUGUUAAAUCAUGGAGCGUCUGUCAACAACACAACUUUAACCAAUUCAACUCCUCUUCGAGCUGCAUGUUUUGAUGGCCAUUUGGAAAUAGUGAAGUACCUUGUAGAACACAAAGCUGAUUUGGAAGUGUCAAAUCGACACGGGCAUACGUGCUUGAUGAUUUCGUGUUACAAAGGACAUAAAGAGAUCGCUCAGUAUUUACUUGAAAAGGGGGCAGAUGUUAACAGAAAAAGUGUUAAAGGUAAUACUGCGUUACAUGAUUGUGCAGAAUCUGGAAGUUUGGACAUCAUGAAGAUGCUUCUUAUGUAUUGUGCCAAGAUGGAAAAGGAUGGUUAUGGAAUGACUCCCCUUCUCUCAGCAAGUGUGACUGGUCACACGAAUAUUGUGGAUUUUCUGACACACCAUGCACAGACCAGCAAGACAGAACGUAUCAAUGCUCUAGAGCUUCUGGGAGCUACAUUUGUAGACAAAAAAAGAGAUCUCCUAGGGGCUUUGAAGUAUUGGAAAAAGGCAAUGAACAUGAGGUACAGUGACAGGACUAAUAUAAUUAGUAAACCAGUACCUCAGACACUAAUAAUGGCUUAUGAUUAUGCCAAGGAGGUAAACAGUACAGAAGAGCUAGAAGGUCUUAUUGCUGAUCCUGAUGAGAUGAGAAUGCAGGCACUGUUAAUUAGAGAGCGUAUUCUUGGUCCUUCUCAUCCUGAUACCUCUUACUAUAUUAGAUACAGAGGCGCUGUCUAUGCAGACUCUGGCAAUUUCAAACGAUGCAUCAACCUGUGGAAGUAUGCUUUGGAUAUGCAGCAAAAUAAUUUGGACCCUUUAAGCCCAAUGACUGCCAGCAGCUUAUUAUCUUUUGCAGAACUAUUCUCUUUUAUGCUACAGGAUAGGGCUAAAGGCCUGCUGGGUACCACCGUUACAUUUGAUGAUCUUAUGGGCAUCCUAUGCAAAAGUGUACUUGAAAUAGAGCGAGCUAUCAAACAAACUCAGUGUCCAGCUGACCCAUUACAGUUAAAUAAAGCGCUUUCCAUCAUUUUGCACUUAAUUUGCUUGUUAGAAAAAGUUCCUUGUACUCUAGAACAGGACCAUUUCAAAAAGCAGACUAUAUACAGAUUUCUUAAGCUGCAUCCAAGGGGAAAGAAUAACUUCAGCCCUCUUCAUCUGGCUGUGGACAAGAAUACUACAUGUGUAGGGCGGUACCCUGUUUGUAAAUUUCCAUCUCUGCAAGUUACUGCGAUACUGAUAGAAUGUGGUGCUGAUGUGAACGUCAGAGACUCCAAUGACAACAGUCCCCUACAUAUUGCUGCUCUGAACAACCAUCCAGAUAUCAUGAAUCUCCUUAUUAAAUCAGGUGCACAUUUUGAUGCCACAAACUUGCACAAACAAACUGCUAGUGACUUGCUGGACGAGAAGGAAAUAGCUAAAAAUUUGAUCCAGCCCAUAAAUCAUACCACCCUGCAGUGUCUUGCUGCUCGUGUCAUAGUGAAUCAUAGAAUAUAUUAUAAAGGGCAUAUCCCAGAAAAGCUAGAGACCUUUGUUUCACUUCAUAGAUGAUAAUUUGACUGUAUUUUAGCACUCUUAAAGCACGAAUUGGUAACAGUUGUUUCAUAAAUGAGCACUGUUGUGAUAACACCAGCAUUCAUUUAGCUUAAUAUCAUCGUGCUGUCAUUGGCUAAAGCAUUAUAAGCAUCAAAUUUACAAGAUUGGUUUCCCAGUAUUUAAUAUAAAAAUACCAUAUAAUAUAUUGUUUGUGAAUUAUCGAGAAAUGUGAUGUCAUAAUCAAAUUUCUAAAAUUGUCUGCCAAAGGCUUAUUCAUUCUGGUUUGUUUGCCGUUGGUGUUUGGUACAGAGUUAACUGUUUUUCAGUGGUGUCUUUAUACUUUACUGCUUUGUGAAUUUUAUACAAUUGAAGGUCUUUUUUUUUUUUUUCCCUGCUGCUUCCUUCAAGUUUCUCCUGUUUCCACUUUAUUUUUUUUCCUAACCAUUUCUACUACAAUUUUUCCUCCUUAUGGACACAUGCUAGACUGUACAAACUUUAUGGACUUGUUACCAUUUGCAGUUACCAUAAGUGCUUUAUCUUCUCUAUGCACCGGCUUAAACUUGACUGUUGUAUGUUAGCAUAUUUUCUAUGCAGCAGUUGGUUAACUUCAACUCAAAACACCGUUUUCUUAAGUUUGUUACAAAGUUCAUUUUAUGAAAGUACUCUUAUAGCAUGACAAUUUUCAGAGCUGCAGGUUAGCUGGCUAUCUUAGCUCAAGCUUUUUUGUUUGUUUUUUUCUUUACAUCUGAGGUUUCUUUCUCUAACCCACUGAAAUUAUUGUGUGCUAAAUUUGGGAAACAAAUCUAUUGUAACUCAUUAACCCAAUUGAAAUUUAGGUCUGUCAUCUUAAUAUAUCAUGCAGUAAAAGGAAGAAUCUUCUAAAGUGACCCACCUUUCAUGCUGCUCCAGCGUCGUCCUGCUUGUGCUGAUGGUGUGACUAGGUGUAGAGAAUUUGCUUAAAUUUAACUUCAAAGCUUAUCACACAGCUUAACAAGUCACAAUUGAACUGCAAAUCAGUUUUAGUUAUAAAAAGAGCUAAAGCAUGUCAGUGGCAUGAUGCUUGCCGAGCCAGAUCUAGGCUUCUAGGAUAAUUAAGGUAUUUUAGUAUGCAAUUUACUCCCAUAGUAUCAAAGGUCAGUAACAGUGUUUCUUUCUUCCUUCAAGCUUAAAUAUACCUUUGAAAUAACUUGCAUGAAUUACUUUGGUCUCAAUUAUUUGUUACCCUAGUUAAACACAAAAGGUUGCAGUGCUUCCUGUUUCCUUACUGAAAGUUAGCUUUUCUUUUCUCUUUCUCUUUGUCUCUGUCUCUCUGUCUCUCUGUCUCUCCUUCACUAAUUUGCUGUUGCCACAGAAAGGGCUCUUUUAACUUAAGAAAAGAUAAAUGAAAAGUAUUCAAAAAGAUUCAGGUAAUUAUCAUUCAGCACUUUAUUGUAAUUCAGAAUAAAAUUUAUGAUGGCGUAUUUGCCCUGCAAAUGUCUUAAUGAAAUUGUUCUGAAUAAAAAGUUCCUUAUUGAUUUGAGA